AUGCAGCACCCCGCAUACCAUGGCCCGGGAGGGUUCAGCUGGUGGCUGGGGCUGCCAGCACAGGGGCUGGCGGUCCUGGCGGUGGCCUGCUCCCGUGGGAGCAAGCUCCGCAUCGUCGGUUCCCAGGGUGAGCGGCACAUGACCCCAGGCUCGGCCCCAGGUGCCCUCAGCCUCGUUGCGGGCACAGAGCUCGCGGACGGUGUUGCGCGGACGCUUCCAUGCCCUCCCUCUUGCCGAGGCACGGGCAGCAUCACCGCAGGGUCCAGGCGGUACAUGUGUUCCUCCGUCCUGCAGCAAGCCAUGAUUGCCCCUGUCGUCUGGAUCAUAGUCGCCCUCCUGGACGGGAAAUGCUUCAUCUGUGCUUUCAGCGGCUCCGUGGAUCCCGAGAAGUUUGCGGGCUUUGCCAAUGCCACCCCGGCACAGGUGCAGCAGCUGCUCGCCAAGGUGCCCUGCAAAGACGACGAGCUCAUGAGGAACAACACGUCCCGAAAGGCAGUGUCCAGGUACUUGCGGUGCUGGUCCCAGGCACUUGGCUGGAGCAUUUUGUUGAUCCUGAUCGUAGCAGCUUUCCUUGCUCACUGGCUGAGACCUUGCUUCAGCCCAGCUGCCCUCCUGCAGACACGCUACUGGAGCAACUACAUUGACAUCGAGCAGAAGAUUUUUGAGGAAACCUGCUGUGAGCACAGCUGGCACUUUGCUCACCAGUGCAUCCUCCACUUCUUUGAAAGCAUGCGGAAAGAGAUCAAACUGCACAGCUUCAACUUGCACAGGGAGGAGGAGGAGGCUGAAGGAGAGGAAGAUCUUCUCCGAGGCAUCACAGACCAGGAUCAGGUGAACGAGCUUCUGCAAACGUGGUACUACAGGAAACCACCCUUGGAUGUGAGCCGGGUGACCCAGCGGCAUCCUCUGGGGAGAGAGCGAUUGCCAGCACCUUGGGCCGACAGCCCCAGCAGCCAGCACAGCCCCCCCCAGCACACUGACGUGUAG